UGACCAAACCCCGAUUUUUGAAUUUCCGUCCCUAGUCCUGCUGCAAAGCGAGAAAACGAGCUUCGUCCCUCUCUCGUCUUUUUGGCAACGUUGGCAGUCCAGCAAUAUAGACGACGCAACAGGGCACGAACACCGGCUCUAGAACAAGGCAACGAGUGCAGCCAAACCACGGCGGGAUAUCGGUGCAAUCGAAUCAAACAGCAAUGUUUUUUGCGGCCCCGCACGAUUCGUUCGAGGACGGUGAUGACCAGCAGGGGCCACUGUUACCACACGGCUCGGACCCACGCGGUGGCAACCACCUGCUGGCCCUCCGGAGGCUCCUCUACCGGAUGGAGCGGCACGAAAUCUUACCGGCGGGAGGCGGUGCCCACGACGGCGACGAAAACGACGGCCUUUGGCAACAACAGCAGCAGCAGCAACAACAACAAAAACUGCAGCCCUGGCACUCCCUGCGGAUCCGCGCCGACCUGUGCCAGGACCUCUGGAAGGCCGUCGCGAACGAUCACCUCGAAUCGGAAGGAAGCGGCGGCGGAAACGGCGACACCCUUCGGCUCGAGAGGGCCGGCUACCUGGAGCUCUCGGAGCGGGUCGACCGGGCCUGCAAGCGGGCCUACCUGCUGGCGGACCGGGCCGAGGAGGAGGCAUGCAGCGGGGGCGUUCCGGACCUGGUCGACCAGCUCUUUGGCAGCGACGGAGAAAACGAAAACGUCGACGACGAGGACAACGACGGUGCCUCGGAGGCGGAAGGAGGGCCGCAGACGCAAGAACACGGGGACGAGAACGAUUUCUACGACGAGUUCGAGGACGACGACGGAGACGAGGAGGAAUCCUCCAAGGCGUCUUCUCCGGAAGAACCCGGGGCCAGCCAAGGGCGCAAGAGCCGGAGAAACACCACCCCCACCGCCAGCACCACCCAGGAACUCCAGAAGGCCCAGCGGGAGCAGAUCGAAAAGGCCAUUGCCACGAUGGCCCGCCAGAUGAAGGAAUCCACGCAGGGGAUCCACAACCGCCUGCAGGAACAGACCGGGACGACCCUCGACGAGCUGGAAACGGUGGCGGAACAAAACGUGGCGGACGUUUCCAGGGUGGCCGAAACCGUUGCCUCCCACAACACCAGGGCGGCCGGGAGCCGGUGGGGCUCCCUUGCCACGAUGGUCUUCCUGGUUGGCCUCUUUGCGGUGACGCUCCUGACCGUCUUUGCCGUUCCAAAGUCCCCCGAUGCGGACCUUUCCAGGAUCCUCUUUGCCAGGGAGGCCGACGGGGUGACCCCCAGGAGCCCGGCCGUCCGCCUCUUGAAAUCCGCCCUCACGAGGGUCCGCGGGCUCGUCGCGGGAGACGAUGACGACGCUUACGGCGACGAUCCGGGCGAACCCUACGACGACGACGAGCGGUACAACGAGCUGCGCUACGAGGAACAACGAGAACAGCAGCGGUUGGAGAAGGAGCGGCUGGAGGAGCUCGUCCGGGACAUGAAGCGACAAAAGCGGACCGCUCGGAAACCACCACAGCAGGAAGACCACAGAGUCAAAGAAGACGACGACGAAGAUGAAGAAGACGACGACGACGACGACGACGGGGUUGCCGAAGCUGAACUCCCCGAAAGCGAUGCCGGCUCGCCCCUCCGGGACCCACCGCAAGCACCAAAACGCGAACACCAGCAGCAACAGAAACAACAACAACAAGAGGAAGAGGAAGUCGACCCCGAAGAAGAAGAAGAAAGCGACGACGGCGACGAUGACGACGAGCUCAACGGAAGUUAUGACGACGAUGAUUAUAAUGAAGAAUUCGAGGAAAAGGACGAGGAUGGUAGUCACGAAGAAGACGAAGAGCGCUACAAAAGCGAGGAGGGCGGCGACGAAAACGUAGAACAAACAAUACAAAACCAGGAAUCACCGAAAACAGAACCACUGGAAGAAGACGAAGAAACAGAAAUCGAAGAAGAUGAGGACGAUGACGAUGACUAUCUUGAAGACGAAGACGAACCCGACAAUCCUUGGGGGAUCAAGCCCAUUGACGAUAAAGAGGAACUUCGUCUGCAACAACAACAACAGCAACAACAACAGCACCAAGAGCGAGAACAGUCUACCAGGCAACAGCGCAGGCAGCAACGCCGCCAGGACAAGCAACAACGAGGUGCCGAACCAACACGGGCCGAGGUCAGCGUCGACGACAUUCUCGCCUCCCUACAGCAGCAGCAACAGCAGGCCCCGGGAGAGCCGCUGGUCUCGGCGGGCGGCCCCCCCUCGGCGUCGGAGAAGGAUGCCCCGGGCAGCGGGUUUCGCCGCGACGGGAUCGCCACCCAGCAGAUCGCUCCCCAGGAGCUGCGGAUCGCCGCGGCCUCCAACGACCUUGCCUCCCUCGAGCGGUACCUGGACGUGGCACCGCAGCACGCCAACCGGCAGGACAAGCGUGGAUGGACGGCCCUGCACUACGCCUCGCACCACGGGAACCUCGGCGCCGUCCGGCUUCUCCUCGGGCACGGCGAUGGCGAAAGCGAGUGGGAGAUCGACGCCGGAAUCAAGUCGUUCGACGAGACCCCGCAGACGGCCUUUGACGUGGCGCUCGCGGUCCACGGGAUCGACCACCCGGUUGCCCGGGCCUUUGUCGAGUCCGGCUGGCACGACGGCGGCGAAAGCGACGAACGGGUUCGCCGGGUCCUCGACGAAAAGAAGCGCCGCGACGAAAAGGACAAGCGCCUGGCCGACAAGGCGGAGCGGGAGCGGCUCGCCAUCCAGCAGAAACGAGACAGGAUGUUUGGGGACCUCUCCCGCUACCGGGCCAUCAACAAGAACGGCGGCGACCUGGACGACGACGGAGAGAACGAAAGCGAGGUCGAGCUCCGGCGGAAACGCCUCGACGCCCUCCUCGGCGGCGAGCUCUAGAGCGUAACGCUAUAACUCUUUUU